UAUUACAAAAAUGACUAUAAAAGAUCUUCAGAAACUCUCUCUCAUCAUCACUUGCUCUUGCUCUACUCUCACUUCCACCACCCACCCCUUUCCUACUUCUCUCUUUCUUUCUCUCUCUGAUCUUGUGCCACAAUACUUUCUGUUCUCUUCCACUACAUUCAUACUAAACAACACAAAUAAGUAUUGUGUAGCACAAAACUGAUCAGUAAGAGUGUAAAGAAAAGAAUCAAUUGAGAGAUUCAAGCAACAACCAUCUCCUCUGUUCUUCCCAUUUCUAUUUAUAGAAACACCAGAGUUUUCUGAUCUUCAUUCAGUCUGAAAAACUGCCUAAAAUAGACUAUCCUAAAAAACCAUUUCAUCUACAUUGUCACGGGUUUGAUUCUCUUUUCGUUAGUCUACCCUGUAAUAAAAAAAAAUUUAAAAAAAAUUCCCCUGAUUUGGGGUAAAAAUGGCAGAAAUGAUUCAAGAUCAGCUGUUACAAGCAAGAGGAGAUAUGUCAGGACAAUUAGAAUUGAUGUGGGAGAUGAUUAAAGCACCAUUAAUUGUACCAUUGUUAAAGCUUGGUGUGGUAUUUUGUUUAACAAUGUCAUUAAUGUUGUUUUGUGAAAGGCUUUAUAUGGGUGUUGUUAUUAUAUUGGUUAAAUUGUUUUGGAAAAAGCCUGAAAAACGUUAUAAUUGGGAGCCAUUACCAGAUGCUAUUGAUGAUAUUGAAAUGGGAGGAUCCAAUAAGUUCCCUCAUGUUCUUAUUCAAAUCCCUAUGUUUAAUGAAAGAGAGGUAUACAAAGUGUCAAUUGGUGCUGCUUGUAACCUUUCAUGGCCGGCUGAUCGUAUGGUGAUUCAAGUGCUUGAUGAUUCAACUGACCCGGUUAUCAAGGAUAUGGUGGAAUUAGAAUGCCAAAGAUGGGCAAGCAAAGGACUUAACAUUGUGUAUCAAAUCAGAGAAACCAGGGGUGGAUACAAAGCCGGUGCUCUUAAAGAAGGAUUAAAGAGAGACUACGUCAAGCAUUGCGAGUACGUUGCCAUUUUCGAUGCCGAUUUCCGGCCGGAGCCCGAUUACCUCCGUCGAGCCAUUCCCUUCCUAAUGUACAACCCUAAAAUCGCCCUUGUUCAAGCCCGGUGGAGAUUCGUGAACGCAGAUGAAUGCCUGAUGACAAGAAUGCAAGAAAUGUCUCUGGAUUAUCAUUUUACAGUAGAGCAAGAAGUGGGGUCUUCUACUCAUGCCUUCUUUGGAUUCAAUGGCACUGCUGGAGUAUGGAGAAUAGCUGCCAUUGAUGAGGCAGGAGGGUGGAAAGAUAGAACUACAGUAGAAGACAUGGAUCUUGCUGUUAGAGCUAGUCUUCGCGGCUGGAAAUUCGUUUAUCUUGGCGACCUUCAGGUAAAAAGCGAACUGCCAAGUACCUUCAAGGCUUUCCGAUUUCAACAACAUCGUUGGUCCUGUGGCCCGGCCAAUUUGUUCAGAAAAAUGGUCAUGGAGAUUGUCAGAAAUAAGAAUGUCAAUUUCUGGAAGAAAUUGUAUGUGAUCUACAGUUUCUUUAUUGUGAGAAAGAUCACAGCUCAUAUGGUCACAUUUCUCUUCUACUGUAUUAUUCUUCCUCUGACCGUACUUAUUCCCGAAGUUGAAGUUCCUAUAUGGGGAUCGGUUUACAUCCCUUCGAUUAUCACGAUUCUUAACUCUGUUGGAACUCCAAGAUCAAUUCACUUGUUGUUCUAUUGGAUUUUGUUCGAGAAUGUGAUGUCCUUGCACCGAACUAAGGCUACACUCAUUGGCCUACUUGAAGCGGGCAGGGCUAACGAAUGGGUUGUCACUGAGAAGCUCGGUGAUUCUCAGAAAAAUAAGGUGAAUGCCAAAGAUAAACCCGUUAGUGUUAAAGCUGCAGUGAAGAAAGCUCGAUCCAAGAUCUUAGACAGGAUGAACUUCUUGGAAUUGGGAGUCGGAGUAUUCCUCUUCCUAGUCGGAUGCUACGAUUUCAUGUAUGGCAAAUGGAGCUACUACAUCUACUUCUUCCUUCAAAGUAUCACCUUCUUCAUUGUUGGUUUCGGUUAUGUUGGAACCAUCAUCUAGUAUCGUUCAAUCCUUCAAGAGGACCUGUCCCUCAAAUGAUCUUAUCAACAACAAAUACACGCGUUUGCACACAAUCCCGUUUCUUUCAUCUAUGCCUGGGGUGUAUUGAUUAUGCAUAAACAAUUGUGUUUAUUGCAUUCGACAAAACUUUCGUGCAAAUGUCUAGUAUAUCGUCUGACUCAAACGAGUCAUUGUCAUAAGCCAUAUAUAUAAUAUACAGUGAGAAAAUUAUAUUGAAUUGCUAUAUUGCAUUCAGGAAUCAGAAGAACAGAAAGAGCAUAGAGUGUAUGAAGAAAUAGAUGAAGAUUGUUAUUUUUGUUUUUGUUCGGAAGAUGUUUGACAUUCUCUGGGAUCAGAAAGGUUUAGUUACUGUUUUUUUUUUUUUUUUUUUUUUUUUUUUUUUUUUUUUUUUUUAUCUUGAUUAAUGGGUUUGUCUUAGUUUUGUCAAGAAGUUCUAUGAUCAUUGAUCAUAAGGAAUAAGACUAGUAUAGUAUGAAAACUGCUUUACAAGAUUGGAAAACAACACAAGAAUGGUUAUAAUAUAGGCUAUUGCACCUUCUCUUUGGCAUGAAUUCAUUUUCCCAUUCGGUUAUCUAUCUUGUUGAUUAUUUUUGUCCAUUUUUCAUUGUCGAUCAAUUUAGUAUAAAAGACAUAUACAUGAAUUUCUUUGUGUUGAAAAGAUGGGCAUACGGCAUAUCAUCUAAUGUUACGAAACACGGGUGCAGUUAUUCUGAUUUCGUUUUGCAUAUAUAUGAUUAGUUUACUUCAAUUGGUUAUAAACGUCUUUAAAAAAACUGUAAUCCUAGCUCGUAUCACUAAAGA